AUGAUUCAAUAGAAAAGAAAUAAUUUCAAUUCUGAAUUUGAUCUAGUGCAGCUCCAAUAACUUAAGGAAUACAUUUUGUUGAAUAAGCAUCUUACAGUAUAUUAUGUGUAUUUCUUUUAGACUCAAAUUCAAAUCUGAUUCUUCAUCCUCUACUGUCAAUAGAUAGUAUAAUUCUUGGGCUACUUCCAUCUGGCCUUGAUGUUGUUUGACUUCAUUCACCAAUUAAGUAAAUGCACAUAUGACUCCAUUAGUAGCCUCAAAAGAUAUCGAAGUAGUGAUGAAUGCCAUUUUUAUGCAUUUCAAACUUCUAUGA